AUGAAAUACAACCCUUACUGUGAAGAAAUGGAGAAGAAGAAUUCUGCUUCAGAAAGAAAUCAUAGUAAACCAUUUGUUGAGAUGUUGAAAAGGGAGGUUGCUUCGGAAUAUGAAGAAAAGAUAGAGGCUUUCCCAUUAGGUGGUAUAGUUGAGGAUGAGGUUGAGGAGAACCUAGACCCCAUUGAAGAAGUUGAGGAUGAAGAUGAAGAAGAAGAAGAUGACGACGAAAACGAUGAAGAUGAAGAAAAUGAGAAUCAAGGAUCCGACGGAGAUGUUCGUACAACACAAACAUCCUUUGAUUCCAUCGAUGAUAAAUCACAAAAGGAAUUAGAUCCCUUUGAAUUGAACAAUAAAUUUGACAAAAUGGUAGAAUCUAUCAAAAAUCAAGAAAAUCCACUCAAUGAAUCUGAUUUACAAACUUUAUUACUUACUUAUACUGAAGAAACCAGUAAGAAUUUAGAAAACCAAAAGGAUUAUAAAAUGCUUUUGAAGCAAUUGGAAAUAAAAGUAAGAGAGAAAUGUAUUAAGAUUGUUUUCUUAUUAAUUGAUUGUUUAAAUGAAAUGGAAACGAAAACUUACGAGUAUUUUUGGAUAUCUGUCUUAUACCUAAAUUUUUGGUUUCCUAAACUUGCGACAUUUUUAAGGUAUGUGUUCGACAGAAUAAAAAAAAAUGAUUCCCCUUAUUCAAUUAGAUUCAAAUUUUUUACUAACAUUUUUACCUGGUUUUUACUUUUUUGA